UGUUCAUAUGAAACAGCGCAAUUCCAUGCCAGACUUGUGCUCUGGAACAAUCUCAUUUGUUUCUUCUCUCUUUAUGACUGAGAGAUAGAGGGAGAGGGAGGAAGAGCUUGUUUUUGAGCUUGCUUGCUUUCCAUGGGUCCUAUUUCUCGUGGCAGAAGGGGAGGCACGCAGUCCCAGUCCUGGUCCCCGAGGAGCUCUGGUGUCCUGGAGACCCCGCACUUCAGCAGAGUUCUGAAUCCAGAAAUCCUUCAGUUUGGGAAGCUUUCCAUCCCGGAUACGUUUGUGACUGAGUAUGGGAGGAAUCUGUCAAGCCCGAUACUUCUCAAGGUCUAUGGGAAAAUUUGGCAAGUCGGGCUUCGAGGACGUGGUGGCAGUUUAUGGUUAUGCACUGGAUGGAGGAAGUUAAUGAAAAAGUACAGGAUGAGGGAGGGGUACUCCGUAUUCUUCAGGUAUGAGGGGAACUCCAUGUUCGAUGUAGUAAUAUUGGACGACACCGGGAUAGAGAUUGAAUACCCCCUGAGAUUGACCCAUGGCAAGAGGGCUAGGGCCAGAAGGCCAUCUCCGGUGAUAGAUAUAGGAAAUUCAACUGAAGAGGAAUCCUGCGACGAAAGUGAUGAACCAUCAGAGUCCUUGGCUUCCAAAGUGAAGGCUGACAACUCAGGGAAGAAGUAUCAGUUACAGGUGGAAGUUGACAGUUCUGAUGCAGUUGAUGGCGUUGGUUAUAGUAAGGAACCAAAGGCAGCCAAGCUUGCCUCAGGCCAUGGUGGUGGGACCAUUAGGGCUAGCAGCUUGGAACUGGGGGCUGGGAACUCCAGUGGAUCCUCAGAUUGGCUAGGCAGCCCACUCGAACCAACCAUGGGACGCAACUCCAGCCUGCAGGCUUCUGAAGCAUGCGGUGGAAGUAAAGCCGAAGACGCCAUAUACCUCUCCUAGUAUGGAUCUUUACUCCUAACAAUAGUGGAAGGAAAGUUCAAAAACCUGUGUUUCGGUAAUGGACAUCUUUGAUAACACUAUGACGUAUUUGUAUGUGACUGGUAGUUAUCCGGAGGAGGAUAGUCUUCAGGUUGGUAAUUAGUAGUGUUCCCUUUGUUGGUGAGAGUCUGUGAUUAGUACUUAAUCAUCAUGGAUAUUGAUGUCUUGCUUACUCUUGUUGGUGAAUAUGCCUCCCGUGUUCU